CGGAGCUGGGAGCGCCACUCGUUCGCGGAGAGGGAGGAGAAAGCAGCGAGUUCCGGAGCCUUGCUUAGCCGGGCCCAACAUUUCCUGAGAUCAUGGCUGCCGAGGAUGUAGUGGCGACAGGCGCUGACCCGAGCGAGCUGGAGGGCGGCGGACUGUUGCACGAGAUUUUCACAUCGCCACUCAACCUGCUGCUGCUGGGCCUCUGCAUCUUCCUGCUCUACAAGAUUGUGCGCGGAGACCAGGCGGGGGCCGGCAGCGACGACGACGACGAGCCGCCCCCACUGCCCCGCCUCAAACGCCGCGACUUCACCCCGGCCGAGCUCCGACGCUUCGACGGUGUUCAGGAACCACGCAUACUUAUGGCCAUCAACGGCAAGGUGUUCGACGUGACCAAAGGCCGCAAGUUCUACGGGCCGGAGGGGCCGUAUGGGGUCUUUGCCGGACGGGAUGCCUCCAGGGGCCUUGCCACUUUUUGCCUGGAUAAGGAAGCACUGAAGGAUGAGUAUGAUGACCUUUCUGACCUCACUCCUGCCCAGCAGGAGACCCUGAGUGAUUGGGACUCUCAGUUCACUUUCAAGUACCAUCACGUGGGCAAGCUGCUGAAGGAAGGGGAGGAGCCCACUGUGUACUCCGAUGAUGAGGAUUCCAAAGAUGAGAAUGCUCGGAAAAAUGAUUGAAGCAUUCAGUGGGAGGCAUAUCUAUUUUUGUAUUUUGCAGAAUCAUUUGUAACAUUCCAGUCUGUCUUUAAAACAUGGUGAUUUCAAUACUUAGAAACAUUUGAACUUGCUGUCAAUUUUUUAAAUUAACAUCACUAGUGACGCCGUUAAAUUGAACUUCUGUCUUUCAAAUGCAUGGUAUGUUUGUGUCACCAAACCAGAAAGUGAACUACAGCGCUGUCAUGCAAACAUUUAAUGACUGUUUUUCUUCUAUCUGUAAUUAGAACAAGCUGAAUUUUCUGUUGUUUUUGCCUGAGAGGACAGAUGAGACUUGGGUUGGGUAUUUUCCCAAAACUGGUAUAAAAAAGGAACAGGGUCAAUUUCUACUCAUGAUUUUCUCUGAAACCAACAAAUCCCUUUUCCAUAACUGACUUAACUGCAUGAUUUCUGUUUUAUCUACCUCUAAAGCAAAUCUGCAGUGUCCCAAAAGCUUAGUUAUCGAUUAAAGAGAGGUAUCCAGUUAACAAAAUGAAAGCUCAAUGCUGGGCUCAGUUAGGGGAAACAUAUUUGCUCUGUUUGUGGACUUUUGCAUUGUCCUUGUCCACAUGUGGACACCCAGAUGCCCUUCCAAACACAGUCAUCUACAGUUCAGAUUAAAACAAGAUCUGAACAUUGCAAAAUGUAACUUUGGAAAACCCUAAAUCCAUGCAGGAGAUUUUUCUCACUGGCUUCCCAAUGCCCAUGGUAAGGCCACAGAUAUUUGGUCAUUUUACAAAAUAUUUAAUGUGAAAGGGGCAGAGAACAGGAACAGGUCCUCAGAGCUCACCUGCAUACCUAAAGAGGGAUUCUGCCGUGCAUGGUAUCAGCCAAGUAGUUUUUAAAGUAUAUUCAAAAGGUAGCAGCAUUGUUACAAAGCUAUAGCCACUGCGAAAGUGUAAGUCAAGUGUCUUGGUCUCUGCUAAUACUGUUUUGGUUAACACUAAAUCUAGCUUAAGUAGAUCUACAGUUGUAUAAAUUUGUAAAAGUAUUACAUGAACAACUAGUGAGGUUUCAUACUCUUGUAACUGUAGUGAAAGUCAUUGUAUUUUCUUGUGAGCUGUGUUUAAAUGGUUUUACCUCAAAUCAGAAAACAAAUGAAAAAAUGGAAGUGCUUCAGGCAGUUAAUAAAAAUGGAUUUACCCA